CAUAGUCACUAGUCAGUACUCAGUACCUCUAGCCAGUCGACACCCGCCACUCGCCAGUACUCAGUACCGUGGCGUGCUUUCUAGAGAUGAUUGUGUUUAUCGUGUGUGUUCUAUGUGCGGUGGCUUCCUCGCGAGCUCAGCCUGACAAUUCGAUAUGGGUCGACGUGGGGCCGCUAUCUCCAGAGAACGUGGAAGUCGAGAAGCGUUAUACCCCCGAGGUUUUGGAGGAGCUUCAUUCAGCCGCUGCAGAUGCACUGCUUCUGUACACAGAGUACACAGCACAGGCCAGCACCGACUUGCAGGCAUUCCUCAUGAAUAUUUCAAGACUUUCUCAUGAUACCUUCAAUGGCAUGGACCAAAACUUACUGAAUAACGCUCCAGCUGUCUGUCGAUUGGAAUUCGAAAAGCGCUUAAAGAAGAUAGAAUAUGACGCUCACAGGCUGGCCACGUUUAGUGCAGAAAACCAUCACAAGUUCUUCCUGGGACAUAUGAUUGUGUUCCGAAUGCAUCUCAAUAAGAGUGAAGAUUACAUUAAGAAAUGUGAUAAAGUUGUGAAGACUUGCGGCACUUCAUGUGAAACUAUUCCUCGAAUAUCAAGAUGGAGGCGACUGGCGUUAGCAGAGAUCCACCGCGUGCGUGACGAUAUACAGCAUUCCCGACGUUCCUACAAGGACCUUCUCAUACACAACCAUCGAAGACUGAACCACUUACGAAAGCGAGCCUCCUUGCGAACAACUGACGCGAUUGACAUCUUACAAGCAUGUAUUCGACAAAGCUAGAUACUAGACGAAACUUAAAGUAUAGUUAAAUAUAACCAUAAGUAGAAUAAUUUCAUCCAAUGGAAAAUAUGUAACAAAAUAAUCGAGAGCAUGAAACUAAAAAAUUUUACUUCAUCAAAUUACCUCGAAUUUAAAAAGUUAAAGGAAAAAGCGAAUCUUUAAAACAGUAUAAAACAGAACGGUACAAAUGAAGGUAUUUUUAACAUAACUGUUUACUUUCUCUACUUGAAGAAAUAAGAAUAAUACUUAGGUAUUAAAUAAUCUGGGUAUUCAAAAAUAGUUUUCGAAACCGUUAUUUCAUACCAAAAUAACAGUAAUAACUAUAUUAUAUUCGUGUAACGGUCCUUAAUCUGAUGCUCUCGUGUAACGCUGAAAUCUGACGGUAAGCUUGGUAAGAGUGCCCGUGCAGCGAGCUGCUCAAACGUCCGUAUGAAAGCUUCGAUUCAAAAGUCUGUGAACGUAUUUCAUUGGUAACAUAAUAUUAUGUCAUGUUUUACUUUUUACAUUUUGAAUAACAACAUCAUAAUGGUAUUAUUAAAUUAUUUAUUUUUCGAUUGUAUAUAAAAAAAUAUUUAGGUCAUCAACUCUGUCUGCAGGUAGCAGUAGACUUUAUAAUACUUCAUUGUUACGUUUGUGUUCAAAAAUUAUUUAAGUUUGAAUAAAGUUCCUUAUUGGCUAUAUUAGAAUGAGUCAUAAAUAUAUUGAUAAAUGGCGUGAAUAAUAGUUUUAAAAAGUCUGAUGAAAUUUAUAUUUUAGUAUUUAAAAAAAUAUAUAUAUUGAUAUAAACCUGCACGCUCGGUUACGAGCCACAACUUAUAUAAUAUUUUAUUAAUACAUAACUCUGUAUUCUGAGUUAAUAUAUUAUAUUGCUUGGAAUCAGAGUGCUAAGUGUGAGAUUUUUUACCUAUUCGAUCGCUGUAUGUCUUCGAAAGAGUGCUAUGAUGUUUUCCUCUACUGUCACUAGAUGGCGCUGAAAAAAAUCUCACAUUUGGCACUCUUUGUAAGCAAAAUACGAAGGGUUUCGAACGAUGAAGUACAAACUGAAAUAAUAGUUUAGCUAACUUUAAUUAUAAUAAUAUAUUUAUAACAACAUUAAGUUAUUAAAAGCUAUGAAUAGUCCUUAGUUUAUUAUUGAUAAUCUUAGUUAAGAAUUAAAAAUAUAUUUGUGCCAUAAAAGGGAUCUUUUAAGUAAUCACAAAUCAUAAUCGAAACAAGAUUAAUAUCAAUAGUUUGAUUAGAAAGCAAAUAAUUCUUAUAUAUUAAAUAAACUGAUAUUCGGUAAUUUGGCAUUAAAUUAUUUCAAAUAUUUAAAUUUCACUUACAAAUGUAGAGCUAUAACAUGAACUCUACCUAUUCGUGCUUUUUAAUUCAGGCAAUACAUAAGUACCUACAUUUCGAAAAUAUUGGACGAAAUUAUGGAUUACUAUUUUUGGAAAUGACUAAAGAAAUAGUAAUUAAUAUUUUAUAAUAAUUUCAAUAUUCACCGUAAGAUUACAAAAGCUAAGUAUUUAACUGCCAAUAUUAUUUAUAAUAGCGUAGCUUACAACGAAUCCGACCUAUGUUUAUGAAUAGCUCACUUUUUCCCCAGUUAAUUUUUCAUGCAGUAAGUAGAUCUUACAAAAAGAACUACAGAAAACCGUUUUUCAUUGGCGACUUAGGUUGUAUGAAACCAAAAAUUUUAAAAUUUAUUUAUAAAAUUUUGAUGAUUUUCUAUCUGAGAGAAAAUUUAAUCUUAUCGUAAUUCUGAUAUUUUGAAAAAUAAAUUAAUUAAUAUGUGAGAAAAUGCUAACCAUUCAAAUAGAUAAAUUAAUAAGGAGUGGUUGUUUAUAUGUUAUUUGGAAUUUUCUCUGCACUCUCACUAUGCAGUUUAAAAUUAUUUACACUUUAUUCAAAUAUUAUUGCAUUGUGUUUAAAAUUAAUUACUUAAGGUUAGAACAUAUUAUGUGCUUGCAGGUUACUUGAUGGUAAAUAAGUGAUCACCGCCCAAUCAUAACCGCUUAUAACUGCACUGCACUUUAUAACUUCAAUACUAUAAAGUUUAAAUCAUCUUUAAAAUUGUACGUACACACCUAUUAGUUAACUUAAGUUAAUACAUAGAAUUACUUAGUCUCACUGUGAUAGUCUUAACAUAAAUUAUUAUAAAUAACAAAACUAAUGUAGAAAGAAAGUACAAUUUGUAACGAUUGUUGUUAAUUUUAUUAAUUUAAAUAUUAUUUUUGUAAUAAAUUGUCUUAACAAA